AUAACAACCACCCAGCAAGGCGUUGUGCUACUAUGGGGGAAUACCGAGUCGAACUGAGAGUAAAAACGGAUUUGGUUUAGUUUUUAGUCGAGCUAAAUCAUGAACAUCCCGCGCAAAGUCAACGCGAGUGGAAAUGAUCGCGGAGUGGGGAUCAAAUGUGGCCGUUGACGUCGAGCCGUGCGUAAUGAGCAGAGUUGGGAAAAAGAAGGUGUUGAGCUGAUUUUUUUCCUCUUUCAGCCAGGGACAACUUGGGUCGGAGUACCGACAAAACUACGAGGCGAUACCAGGAAAAAUGAUGUCCACGACGCGUUUCACCCAGCGGCACGGCAGGCUGGGCCUGGGGCUCUGAGGAUGCUUCAGAGGAUCUGUGCCUGACCUGCAAAUAAGGAGCGAGAGGACUACGUUGUCUGAGCAGAAUGACUCAGCAAGAGGGGGGACCCCCAAAAAGCAAGUGAAGAGAAGUGAGGAUGGGCGCCAAUGGAUCCAGCUAUCCGCACUCAUGCUCCCCACGCAUAGGGGGAAGUGCACAGGCACAGCAGACAUUUAUAGGGACGUCGUCCUACUCUCAGCAGGGAUAUGGCUGGGAGUCGAAGCUAUACAGCCUGGAGCACGGCCACGAGCGCCCCGCAGACAGGAAGAAGAAGAGCCUCGGUCUGGCUACCCUCAAACGAAGGUUUAUCAAAAGGAGGAAGUCCAGCCGCUCGGCAGAUCAUGCACGGCAGAUGCGGGAGCUUUUGUCAGGGUGGGACGUUCGUGACACCAAUGCCCUGGUGGAGGAGUACGAGGGAACGGCAGCCCUGAAGGAGCUGAGCUUCCAGGCCAGUCUGGCACGUGCCGAGGCUCCCAACUUGCAGCGGGAUCUUGCCGCCCUCUACCAGCACAAGUACUGCACUGACGUGGAUCUCAUAUUUCAAGGUACUUGUUUCCCAGCUCACCGAGCUAUUCUUGCCGCCCGCUGCCCUUUUUUCAAGACUCUUCUGUCCUCAUCUCCUGGCUAUGGCGCAGAGGUUCUCAUGGAUGUGGAGACAGCGGGCAUCGAUGUGCCCAUGUUCUCUGCCCUUCUCCACUACUUGUACACUGGGCAUUUUGGUGUGGGUGGAGCAGAGGACACCAGGCUCCAGAAUGUGGAUAUACUAGUACAGCUCAGUGAGGAGUUUGGUACACCCAACUCCCUGGAGGCGGAUAUGAAGGGCUUGUUUGACUACAUGUGUUACUAUGAUGCACUGCUCAGCUUCUCUUCGGACUCUGAAAUGUUAGAGAAUGGCAAUGAAAGAGGGGCUGUGGCUGCAGUACCAGCAGGAGUCAAUGUGGGCCCCGGGACCCCAGACGAGGACCUCAGGGCUCACAAGGCGAUCCUCUCGGCACGAUCGCCUUUCUUUAGGAACCUCUUGCAGAGGCGCAUCCGCACAGGAGAGGAAAUGACGGAGCGCACUUUGCAGACGCCCACCCGCAUAGUACUAGAUGAAUCCAUCAUUCCUCGGAAGUAUGUGCAGGUCAUUCUCCACUGCAUGUAUACGGACGUGGUGGAACUGGGCCUGGUGCUGCGGGGCAGUCCGUCAGCCAGCAGCCUCGGUGAGGUCCAGGCCCUCGUGGCAGGGGGGCGAGGGGCUAGCACGCGCACUGAGGAGGCCAUGGAGCUGUACCACAUCGCUCUGUUCCUGGAGUUUAGCAUGCUGGCUCAAGGCUGUGAGGACAUAGUUGUGGAAAGCUUGUCCCUGGAUUCACUCGUCCCUAUCUUAAAGUGGAGCUCUCAACCCUAUGGCUCCAAGUGGGUCCACAGGCAAGCCAUGCACUUCCUCUGCGAGGAGUUCAGUCAGAUCGUCACCUCUGAUGUCCUGUAUGACCUUGGCAAAGAGCAUCUUCUCAGCGCAAUACAGUCUGACUACCUACAGGCGAGUGAGCAGGACAUUCUCAAGUAUGUUGUUAAGUGGGGCGAGCAGCAGCUUAUUAAGAGGAUGGCAGACAGGGAGCCCAAUCUGUUGAGUGGCACAGCUCACAGCGUAAACAAGAGGGGAGUCAAAAGGAGAGACUUGGAUGUGGAGGAGCUGAAAGAGAUCCUGUCUCCCCUCCUGCCUUUCAUCCGAACUGAGCACAUAUUGCCUCCAAACAGUGACGUCCUCACUGAUGCACUUAAACGGGGUUUGAUAAGCACCCCUCCUUCAGACAUGCUGCCCACGGCUGAGGGGGGCAAAGCCAACGCGUGGCUGCGGCAGAAGAACGCCGGCAUCUAUGUGCGUCCCCGCCUCUUCUCUCCCUAUGUGGAGGAGGCUAAGUCUGUACUUGAUGAAAUGAUGGUGGAGCAGACGGACCUGGUGCGCCUGCGACUGGUGCGCAUGUCCAAUGUCCCAGACACACUCUACAUGGUCAACAACGCUGUCCCUCAGUGCUGUCAUAUGAUUAACCACCAACAAAUGGCAAGCAAUUCAUCCACAGCUCCAUCAGUUGUGGCCAAUGAAAUUCCAGUACCUCAACUGUCACUGGUGAAGGACAUGAUCCGGAGGCUGCAGGAGCUGAGACACACAGAGCAGGUCCAAAGAGCUUAUGCUCUCAACUGUGGCGAAGGAGCCACUGUCAGCUAUGAGCUGCAACUCCGGGUGCUGAGAGAGUUCGGACUGGCAGACGGAGCUACGGAGCUACUGCAGAAUCCAUACAAAUUCUUCCCUGAUGAACGGUUUGGAGAUGAGAGUCCAAUUCUGGCUCUGCGCCAGGUGGGUCGAUGUCGGGUAAACAGCAGCCCUGCUAUGGAUAGCAUGUUCACAGAGCUGGAAGGGGUAGCAGGCUUCCACCCCCCUCUGCCUCCUCCACCUCCUCCAUACCACCCCCCUGCCACACCCAGCCACGCCCAGCUCAAAGGUGCGUGGCGACCUCGUGUGCCCCUGCCAACCCCCACCCGCUCCUUCUCCUACCCCUGCAACCGUACCCUAAUCCAGCGCCAUGCAUCCAACAAGCAUGGCAGCUCAGAGUACUCCUCUGUGCCCAGGGCGCAGCCCCCAGACUGCACAAACCCUCAGGCUAUGGGCCGAGCUUUGCUUUCAGACCAGCAAGUGAUUAAUAUGGAGCCUGUUAGAAGGGAGUUCAUGCCUGACAUUGCACUGGGCGUCUCGGUCAUGUCUCUGCGGGAACAGCACAUUGUGGAGAUGGAGAGAGAGGGCCCUCACAGCCCUAUGGGCCCCUCAGGCCAUCAUCUGCCCCAUGGACCUUGCUCAUCUGCUCGUCUCAGCCACAGCCACAGCCACGGUCCUAGUCAUGGCCACCCAUGCAAGAGACAUGCACCUGAACCCAAGCUAGAAGCUCAAGUAGAGUUUCCUGACCUGUAUGACUUCUCCUGCCGACCUGCAACUCCGACUUCUAUUCACCCUAUUCCCUCUUUUUCGGGACCAGACCUCUACAGCCACAGCUGUACCCCUUCUAGCUCUUAUCCCCCACCUUACAUUUCUGACUCUCAAUCACAGGGACACCUGCAGGGACGGACUGCCCCAGACCAACUACGGCUGGAUGUCCUUAAUAUGACCUCUCAGAAGCAUGAUGGAGCUCUUGCCAGUCCUUCUGGGGCCCCGGGUAGAAUGGGUAAUAUGCCAAGAGGCCGAUCAAAUGAGACGGACCUGACUAAUGGUUUAGGCCAUUUAAGGUCCCCUAGUGGAAACAUGGAUGGCUUUGAGGAGAGGCACACAGGACCUAGAGAAGCUGCAGAAGACAUGGUUUUAGCAGGAGAAUCAUCAGGACAAGGAGCUCUUCAGCAGCCUCACAGGAACAGCAACAGCGAGGAUAUUGUCAGAGACCGUAGGUCACCCAGCAAGCCUGACUACCCAUAUAAGAAGUCUGCACUUUAACCCCAAUAAAGGACCAGGGGUUGAGUUAAGAGAAGGGAAAGAGUGAGAUGUGGUGUGCUUCAUAAUUGCUAGGCACUAAACUUCUGUGUGUAUACCUGUUUCAGAUGAGCAGAAAAUAGGGGUGGUCGAUGGUGGCUAUUUAGAGGAUCUGUCCUUUUUGUCCUACCUCUAUCACAUUGUGCUAUCCAUCACACUGUAAAGUCAGAGUAUGAAAAGACUAAUGCUUGCGAUUGAUCUCUGUGAGCCUGCUGGCGUAGAGGAUGAUCAGGUUUUACUGGGAUGGAUUAUUCUCUUCAGUUUGAUGGAGAUCAAGAGAUUGGUUCUAUCCUGAGUGACACCUGUGUCGCUCAGUUAUGUCACUUAUGUAGCUCAGUUAUUUUCAGCAUAGAUGGAAAGAUGGGUGGCAUCCUCAGUUUACACAAGAGAAUAAUGGCACAGUCCGGGAUAGAGUAUUGUGAUACAAUGGUAUGUAAAUACAUCUGACUAUUCGUUUCCUGCUCUGACUUGUAUUUCGAUUUCUUCUUGUAGCAUGCCUAUAGCAACCCACUGACUAGUGUCCCCUCCUGACUAUGGUUCUGAAGGGGUGAAGAAUAAUGGCAGAAAUUGAAUCUGACAGGAACUAAGCUAUCAGACCUCAUCAUUCUCCAGUAGCCCAGUCUGAUAAUUGCUUUGGGUUUUAGCUAUGACAGUGUCUCUGUCUAUCUUAAAGGCAUAAGCCUGGUGUUUUUUAAACAGGGGAGGGCAGGAGGAACGUGGACAGGUUCAUUACGAAGACACAGUUUAAAAUAUGGGGGUGCCAUAGCAACUGAUGUGAUCAAAUAUAGUGCUGGGUGUUUGUUGGUUUUGCAGAUGGAGCAGGUGUGUGUGAGCGCGUGUGUGUGUGCAAGGAUAACACAUAGGUGUUUAGACAAUCUCAGUACUGUACACUACCAUCUCUAGUCAGGUCUGUUUGUACAUAUCAGAGCGUCUGAGUAUUAAACGGUCUUUUGGCACAGUUCGUGUGCACGAGCUCCCUCUUGUUCUGUUUAAUCCAAUAACAUCAAGGAAUUAAAUCUAAAGCCUUAACAGUGCUUAGAAUAUUCAGUUUUAGCUACCUUUUUAAUUUAAGUAUGAUGUCAUUAUAUUUCAACUUGUUCAUAUCUGAUUCGACUGCUCUGAGGAGUAGAAGAGCAUUUCACUAAACCCAAAUGCUAAAACCAUGUAUAUAGAUGGGGACUCAGUCUUGCCCUCUCAUGGGAGAUUGUGGACCUGCAGAAGUCAGUGUUUAUGCUGUUUUAAAUAUACUGUUGAAGAGAUGCAGCAGCUGUAGCUCCACAAACCCUGCAAGUACACUUAAAGGCCUGUUACAGCCAACAGCUGGCACACCACCUCACAUACGAGAAUCAUUGCACUGGAGGAGCCACCUGUUGAUGAACUGAAGGGUAAAUGAACAAAUGAUUUUUGAGAGAAGUUGUAUAUUGAAGAAAAGUUGGCGAUUGCUGGCUCAUAUCUCCGAUGGAAAUUGUAUAUAAUGAAUGGAAUGGUUCAAAUGUUCUGAUGAAUUUUUAUGGUUUCUAUCGCAUUUUAGUGGUUGUUGAAGGUUUGUGUUUUUACUGUAGUGGACAACACUGUUACUGUCUUUGUCAUGAGCUCUCAUUAAGAAUGUGUGGUAUAAAACAUAAAGACUGUGUCUCAGAAUCACUUUUGUUCUUAAAUGUUACACAUUUAGGGCAGUCUGUUGCAUAUUGUAGGUGGUGUGGCUAAACAUGUUCGUAGGUGUUUUUCCCGUUUUCCUUUACUUGAAAAGUAACAGGAAUAUGUAGAGGAUCUAAAGAUAUUAGCGCUCUGUUUAGCAGUGAUGACGUUGCCAAGCAGAAAAAUAAUUUCCAUCUAAGUUGCUUCAUGGGGAAAAAAUGCAAAACUCCAGAUUCCUCCCCAUGUUCGUGUUGGGUAGUUGUUUUAUUUUCCAGGACAGUGUUCCAUUGAAUAAAAGUCCCUGUUUUGCUCUUUGCUGUAGAGAAGUCAGUGCCUUCCCCUGCCUGCGGCUGGGCUUUUAUUGGAGAAGUGACUUUGAUGUCUAUGCAAGCUCUUUUCUACCAGCUUACAAGCCUGCAUCAAACAGUUCUUUGAAAUCUCAUGUAGCUUGUUUUGUGUACAUAGUGUUAUUUAGCACCUUUUGAAACUGAACCAUCUGAAAAGUGUAAUUGCUUAUGUUGAAUUAUAACAGGUACAUUGUACUUGUAUGGUUAUAGAAAACAUGUUUGUAGAUUGAUAUUCAUUUGCAUUUAGUUUCACUGAAUCUAUUUUUCUACUGUCACCUCAAAAGGUGCGUAACAGUGGUCAACUUGGGCAUCUUCAAAAUAAAAUGGUUUGAUAUUAUGGAAAAUA